AUAAAUAUGAGAGCUAAAAGACAAUCAACGAAAACAUUUUAAGACAUGGAAGCGCAGUUUAAAAAACAGUAAGCAAAAACCAAAGGGAGAUCUCUCUCUAUCUCUCGAACUGCCCUUUUCAGAACAAUGUACGGUAAAUCUGCAAUCUGUUUAACAUUCGCCGUUCUCUUCCUGAUUUCAUGUUCAAUCUAUAUCGGGACUGUUGAUCUCAGAUCACACUUCUUCCCCUUACUACAAUCGUCCCCGGUUCCACUCUCACUAUGUGCAACAGAUCGUCCCCUCCGCGUUUACAUGUACGAUCUCCCUAGGAAAUUCCACGUCGGCAUGAUGGAUCGUUUGAGCUCCGAGGAGGCGGCUCCCGUGACCAUGGAGAAUUUGCCGCCCUGGCCCUCGAAUUCAGGGAUAAGGAGGCAGCACAGCGUGGAGUAUUGGCUGAUGGCAUCGCUUAUUUACGACGGCGACGGCGAAGAAGAGAGGGAGGCCGUUAGGGUUUCCGAUCCCGAAACUGCAGAUGCGUUUUUUGUGCCAUUUUUUUCCUCGUUGAGUGUAAAUACGCACGGCCAUAAUAUGACGGAUCCUGAAACGGAGGUCGAUCGCCGAUUACAGGUUGAGUUACUUGAAUUCUUGCGACAAUCCAAGUACUAUCAAAGAUCUGAAGGCAGAGACCAUGUAAUUCCCAUGACACAUCCAAAUGCUUUCAGAUUUCUUCGACAGCAGUUGAAUGCAUCUAUUCUUGUUGUUGUAGAUUUUGGUCGCUAUCCUAGAACCAUGUCAAGUCUAAGCAAAGAUGUGGUUGCCCCAUAUGUACACGUUGUGGAUUCCUUCACAGAUGAUGACCCUCUGGACCCAUAUGAGUCUCGAACUACACUUCUUUUCUUCCGGGGAAAUACUCUUAGGAAAGAUGAAGGCAAAAUUCGAGUCAAAUUGGCAACGUUGCUGGCCGGUAGUGAUGACGUUCAUUACGAAGAGGGUAUAGCAACUCCAAAAAACAUUAAAAUGUCUACAGAAGGGAUGCGUUCGUCAAAGUUCUGUCUGCACCCUGCAGGAGACACACCUUCAUCUGGCCGACUAUUUGAUGCUAUCGUGAGCCAUUGUGUUCCUGUGAUUGUCAGUGACAGAAUUGAGCUUCCCUAUGAGGAUGAAAUAGACUACACUGGAUUCUCAAUUUUCUUCUCUAUGAAAGAGGCAUUAGAACCAGGUUAUUUGGUCAAUCAGCUGCGUCAAUUUCCAAAGGAUAGAUGGGUUGAAAUGUGGAGGCAACUUAAGAAUAUUUCCCGUCAUUACGAAUUCCAGUAUCCUCCGAAGAAGGAAGAUGCUGUCAAUAUGUUGUGGAGACAGGUAAAGCACAAGCUUCCUGGGGUCCAACUAGCCCAACACAGAAGUAAAAGGUUGAAAGUGCCUGAUUGGUGGCGGCAGAAGAGAUGAUUUCCGAAUCUUGUUUUUAUGAUACUGUACACCACAAUCUUUUUUUUCAUUGACGGUGACAUCUCAUGGCGGGCAACAAGCAAAGGUAUUCAGAAGUCACAACCCAACAUCAUGGGCCAGCUUUACCGAGCUCAAGAGUUACGAUGAUCCUGGUUUCAAUUUUUUCCCUCUCAAUUUUCCCAGCAUUAUAGUGAAGGCCGUCAGUUAAGAUUUAUUCCCAGUUUUUGUCUGGCAACAGCUUAUAAUGUUUUUCAUCAUAUUUGAUGGUGCAGAAGCGAGUUAUAGAAAAUGUAAUGACAAUACGAUUUACACAUCAAGAAAAAUGCGAGAGGUUGUUUCGAAUAGGUUCUAAUCUUCGCAUUCAAAUAUUGUAUAAGAGUUAUUCGUUUAAAGUGAUCAAUCUAGUUCAUGUACCAGAGAAAACUAGUACAUUCUUUUAUUGCCUUGGCGUGAGACCUUAGGAAAGAUUAGAAUUGAUUUAGCCUGGAUGCAAUUUCAGUAUUAAAGUCGGUGAAAUAUUGCUGUCACCUGGAAAUUCUAGAACCCUUUUUUCAACUGCUCCAAUUGAGAUCUUCAACGAUCCGAACUGAGGAUUUCAGUUGGAAGCCGUCAUAUUUCAUGUAGAAAGUCAUUCUUAGGCUUAGCUUUUAUAUAUAAAAUUAUUAAAAUGAGGCUUCCUCAUCCCCAUGCCCUCUCUGCUUCCAUUUGAUUGGAUUUCAGCCAUGAAAAAACUUUGGGAAUGUGACCAACCAACUCGUUGCUGACCAAAGUUGAUUACCGACUAAGAAAACUUCAUUCCGGGUCAAAUUUCUGAUCGAUCUGGGACAUUUUUUUUACGUCUUGGCCAGCAAAUGCUUCUGAAAGUCCCAAUAGCCUACAGCGUGUUUAGCAACUUUGAAGACCAAAAGGAUUAAUAAAAGAAAAAAAAUAAUAU